UCAAAACAAAUCCUUAAUAAAAGAUUGUUUGUUGCUCAUAACCACAAUUCCAACCAUCGCCUAAAAAACGCGACCCACAGAGGGAAGGCGACACUGAAAGGGAAAAAGGAGAAUAUCUGGAGCAUCGACAAUGAAAGGGCGGAGAAAGAGAAGGAAACCGCAAAGCAAAUAAGGAGGAGAGGGAGGAGGGUGGCCAGAGGGAGAAAGGCUAAGACUGGGAGGGUCUUGGUUUCCGGUGCUAUGUUAACGGAGGUUGAGACUGUUCUUCAAACUCAGGAACCUGUAAUAAAACCCGUGUGGAAUACAUUUGCGAGUAGUGUGAGUGGAAUAUGGAAAGGGGUAGGAGCAGUUUUUUCACCUUUAACUGCUGAAAUGGAACCAAUUGAAAUUGGAAACAAGAAUGAAAACCUAUAUGACUGCUACAUUCUUUCACGUAUUGAGGCAUUACCCUCCUACUCUGGAGUACAGUCAUCUCAAAUCCAGAGGAAGAUAAACUGGGUGACUUUGAAUCCUUAUGGUGAAAUCCCUCAGCAUAUUGGAAGCCCACACGGUAGCAAAGAAGAAUCGGAAGUAGGAAAUUCAUCUUUAGCACAGAAGAAAAUGGUUGAUGGAAGUGUAACAGACCAUGGUUUGCCUAAAUUUGAGUCUUUUAACUUUGGAAGGAGUGAUGUGAUGGAAGAGGAUGUAAUGGGCAACAAACCUGGUCUUGUUUUCUUUGAGGAUGGAUCUUAUUCUAGAGGUCCAAUGAAUAUUCCAAUAGAGGAAGCUGAUGAAACUAACUAUUACCUGACUCCAACUUUCAAGGUCGAGCAAUGUCUGGUGAAAGGCUGCCACAGAAGACUUCGAAUUGUCCAUACUAUUGGGUUCAACAAUGGGGGUUCAGAAAUACAGAUAAUGAGAGUUGCUGUUUAUGAAGAACAAUGGACCAGUCCUGCAAAUGUUCAUGACCAGAGUGACUCAGAGUUGGCAUUGAAGCCAUUUUCUCAGCGGAAACGAGUUCAGAUAUUGGAGCUGACUGGAUCAUGGAAGGUGUUUGAAGUGAGUGCAACUCCAAUAUAUGGUGAGGAGUUGAUAGGUGGUGAAUGCAAUGGGACCCGUUAUGCUUACCUCUGUACAGAAACCUUAAAGAAGAGGAGGUUGCCGGAGAGUUCUGUGUCAUUCAGAGAGGAAGAGAUUGUAGACACACAGGAUGCAACUGUACUUUGGUUGCCGGGAGGUGUGACUGCUUAUCUUGAUGUUGACAAAGAGGGAAUCCUUUGUAUCGGAGUUGGAUGGUACUCGGAUGAGGGAAUCAACCUUGUUAUGGAAAGAGAUUAUGGAGUAGAUGGGAUGCUGAAGGAAGUUAGAUGGAAGUCUGAGGUAAAAAGAAGGUGGCCUGAUCCACUCCCUGUGUAAAUUUGUUUUUUUAACCUUUAAAAUAGAAGUUAAUCUAGAUCCAGCAGUAAUACAAUACAAUUGGACCGUGUGAUUACUUAAAAUUUUAUUGUAUGCUAGCUAUAAUGCCAAAAGGAACAUGUAUAAUCAAUCAAUCUUGUGAGCAACUCAGUUCUGUGCUGUGCCUCAAGAUUUCUAGCGCAAAGGAUAAUACUAUGAAAUCCACAUAUUUGAAUAGAAGAGUGAAAAUGCUAUAAAGCAAAACAUAUUUUGUA